UCAGCGGCUCCUCCCCGGAAGAACCGCGGUGUAGGCGGCCGCUCCUCCCCGGAAAGGCCCCUCACAGCCGGCGGCGCGGCGGAGCCUGAGUCCCAUAUCUCGUCAAGAUGGUGCGGAAACUGAAGUACCACGAGCAGAAGCUGCUGCGGCGGCUGGACCUGGUGAACUGGGAGGCGUCGGGCGGUAACCUGGCGGAGGUGCGGGCGCUGCGGCGGUACCGGCUGGGCCGGCGGGAGGACUACGUGCAGUACAAGGCGCUGGCCCGCUCCGUGCGCGCCCUGGCCCGGCGGCUCCGCGACCUGGGCCCGGACAGCGCCGCGUUCCGCGCCCGCUGCGCCGCCGCACUGCUGGAGAAGCUGCACGGGCUGGGGCUGGUGAGCAGCCGGCAGUCGCUGGCCGUCUGCGAGAGCCUCUCGGCCGCCGCCUUCUGCCGCCGGCGCCUGCCCUGCCUGCUGGUGAAGCUGCGGAUGGCGCAGAACCUGCGCCACGCCGUCACCUUCGUGGAGCAGGGGCACGUCCGCGUGGGGCCCGAGGUGGUCACAGACCCCGCGCUGCUCGUCCCCCGCGCCGUCGAGGAUUUCAUCACCUGGGUGGACGCCUCGCGCCUGCGGCAGAAGGUGCUCGACUACAACCAGGAGCGCGACGACUUCGACCUGGCUGCGUAGGGCUGCUCCGCGGGACAUACGCACACUAGUGAUGCCACCAUCACCCACCCCUUCCAGACGCACCUGGAAAGGGAGCCAGAAGGAAACUGCGCUUCCAGUGUGGUAUUGCCCUCCUCCUGGCUCCCCUUUGCAGCUAACGGCUCCAUUCAUCCAUGUGGAAAAAAUUCCCUUCCACAUCCACCACUCAAGAAUGCAUCCAGUGGCCCAGCUCCAUUGUUGUCACUGGUGUGUCCAGUGCCAUCAUCCCUGGCAUGCCCAGCUCCGUGGUCAUCACAGCAACCCAGCUCCAUCGUCCCAGCGUGCCCAUCUCCAUCCUUCUUACAGCCUAGCUCCAUCGUCCUUACAUCCCAUAAAGCAAAAGUGCUUGGAAAAGUCUCUGCCUGAUCACAGGAGAGGAUGUGGUUAGGUUUAAGUGCUCGGCAGCUAAUACUAGCUGCUGGAAGGGGUUUUAAGCCUGGCCAAGUGGCUGAUUUAAGACUGAGUUUGGCAGCUCAGCUGCUGUUUUUUGAGAAGUUGCCCUGUCGGUUCUUCCUUCAGCUCUUGGAUGCACAGGAGCCAGAGUUGCUGCUUCUUCAAGGGUUUCCCCUUGAUACCAAGCAAUGUGUAUAUAGGGAAAAUGUGGGGAUUGUUGGGGGUCAGCAGUAAACAAGGAGGCCAAAUACUGCAUUUCUGAAACUGUUAAAGCUUUAGCCAAAUAUGGAAUAAAAAAAAAAGCCAACUUUAUUUUCAUGUGAAGAUGUAAAGGGAAGUUUGAUGUGCUGAGUUCAGUGUCUUUGCUGUGUGGGUCUCCAGCUGACAAUUAGGCAUCAUUUACAGAGCAGGAUCUAACUGGGGAGGCAUUGGAGCAAAAGCUGACCUAACCAUAACUGCAAAUCUGGGGGGAACUGUUGCAUGUAGUACAUUAGCCAGAAAAAAACUGGUACUCAAGGGAAACCUUAGGCUUUCUGAGACUGUUGGGAACUUCGUUUCCCUUUCAUUAAAAAAACAGAAAAACAAAAAUAAAUUUUUUUUGUAAGUUGGU